AUGAAGGACACAUUCCACCUGGUGAUAGAGGUGGAAGUAGCAAUCAAUAGUAAUAAAUUGGUUGUUCUAGAAUAUAAGGGGGGUAACAAAAGGUAUAAACAAAAGGAGGUUAGGGAGUAUAUUAGGAGCAACAAAAUAAAGUUAGUAGGUCUUGUAGAAACUAAAGUGAAGGAAGGGAAUGCUCAAAGGAUUUCAAAAGCUAUUGUUCCUGGAUGGAAUGUUCUGACAAAUUAUAAGGAUGCUAGGAAUGGAAGGAUUUGGUUGUUGUUGGAUACUAAUCAUCUCAUUGUCACUGGUCUUAAAGAUGAUGCUCAAAUGAUACAUUGUCAGGUGAAAAGUAGAAGGGGAGAUAUAGAUUGCUUACUCACUGUAGUUUAUGAUUAUAAUGAGAUAGAACAAAGAAGAGCUCUAUGGGAUAACCUACAACUACUAUCAGUAAGCAUAACUGUUCCAUGGCUAAUAGCAGGAGAUUUCAAUGAAGUACUAUAUCUAAAUGAUAGACUAUCAUGCAACCCAGUAAGCUAUUCAGAUAUUCAAGGAUUUGCUACUUGCCUUCAACAAACAACAUUGACAAAUCUACAUUGGAAGGGUGACUAUUAUACAUGGACAAAUAAACAACCUGGUGUAGAUAGGGUCAGCAGUAGACUGGAUAGAGUUUUUGGUAACUAUGAAUGGAUGAUGUCCUGGGGCCAUGUGGAAACUAACUAUGGUUUGCCUCAAAUAUCAUAUCAUGCUCCUAUGUUGUUAACAAUGUCAUCUUCAACAUGGACUAGUAGAGUACCCUUCAGAUUUUUUAACAUAUGGACAACACAUGAAGACUUUUCUCAAAUAGUGGUAAACAUAUGGAAUUCUCACAAUACUCAUGGAACUUUGAAAUCAGUAUGGAUAAAGUUGAAAGACUUGAAACCUGCACUAAAAGCUUUGAAUUCUAGAGAAUUCAGAGGCAUCACUCAAAAAAUUGAAAAGGCUAGACUAGAGCUGAGGACCAUUUAA